UCUGUUGAAGAAACAAACAAACAAAAAAUGCAAGUGAAAGUGUAGAGAGAUGGAAUUUUGUUGGUUUUGAUUCACUGAGACCGACAAGGAUGGAUGUUGCGAAGCACUCUGUGCACACUCUUGUUUUCCGCUCAUUGAAGCGGUCCCAUGAUAUGUUCUUAGGUGACGAGGGAACACUGCCGCCUGAGGAUGCUGAAGCGAAGAAAAUGCGACAAGGCAUCAAACUUUCAAGCGAAUACUGGUCUGUAAAGGACCUUGCUCGCCCGAAGGAGGCUGUUCAGGCGGUAGGAUCGACAACCGCCUCCAAAAGCAAAGUGGUUGAUGAGCGUGCUGAUCCGUCCCAGGCUGUCUUAGAGUACAAGCCAGGAGGUGCUGUGGCUCUCAAGCCAGGAUCCAACGCCAAGGGUGCACUUGUGCCACGCAAGGCUCCUGAGGUGCCCAAGCCCAAGUGGCAUCCACCAUGGAAGUUGAUGAGAGUUAUUAGUGGUCAUCUUGGCUGGGUGCGGUGUAUUGCGAUUGAUCCCAGUAAUGAAUGGUUUGCCACUGGCUCCGUCGAUCGUCUUAUCAAGAUCUGGGAACUUGGUAGCGGUAAGUUGAAGCUUUCACUCACGGGCCACAUCAGUGCUAUUCGAGGCAUUGCCAUCAGCGAUCGACACCCUUACCUCUUCUCCUGUGGUGAGGACAAAACCGUCAAGUGUUGGGAUCUGGAACAGAACAAGGUUAUUCGUCAUUACCAUGGUCAUCUCAGUGCUGUGUAUGGCGUUACCCUUCACCCUUCCCUCGAUGUCGUUGUCACCUGUGGCCGCGAUUCCACAGCUCGGGUUUGGGACAUGCGUACCAAAGCAUGUAUCCAUACACUAGCUGGUCACACCGAUACUGUAUCUUCAGUUGCAUGCCGAGCCAUGGAUCCACAGGUGGUAACAGCCAGUCAUGACAGCACAGUCAGACUUUGGGAUUUAGCUGCUGGACGUACCCUAACACAUCUUACCAACCAUAAGAAGAGUGUGCGUGCCCUUGCGCUUAAUCCAACCGAGAAUUCAUUUGUCACCUCGUCUCCUGAUAACAUCAAGCAGUGGAAGUUCCCGAGUGGUAACUUCCUACAGAACUUGAGUGGCCAUCAUGCUAUUGUCAACGCAUUGGCUGUCAAUGCAGAUGGUGUCAUGGUGUCUGGAGCUGACAAUGGCACUAUGCACUUCUGGGACUACCGCACCGGUCACAACUUCCAGCGGAUGCAGGCUGUAGCGCAGCCUGGCUCCUUGGACAGUGAAGCUGGUAUAUAUGCCUGUACAUUUGAUCGCAGUGGCUCCCGCCUUUUGACUUGCGAAGCUGACAAGACCAUCAAAGUUUACAAGGAAGACGAGACAGCUACGGAAGAAUCCCAUCCUGUCAAUUGGAGACCGGACAUAUUGAAACGGAAGCGGUUCUAGGUGGCGAGCAUAAAUAAUGCUGCUGCUGCCCAUUUCGGUGUGACUCCUCCUGUUGUAAUUUUGUAUUCUUCCAGCAGUUUGUUAUUGUGUUCAUAGCUGUAUAUGCCUCUUCCCCUCCCCGCCUAGCCAAUGUACGAUUUUUUUCUUUCAUUUUAGUCUGUAUUGUAGAUUUGAUUUUAUUCAACAUGUGUCAUUAAUUUUGUCCUGAGUUUACAACUUUAGCAUGCCAUGUAUGGCUGUCAGUA